UCCGGAAUCUCAUCCUCUGGCCCUGGAGCUGCUGCUGCUGCUGCUGCUGCUGCUGCUUUUGCUUUUGGGGCUGAGUUUAAUAAGCGAGCGAGCGAGCGAGCAAGCGAACGCGGGGGGAAAAAGGCAGAGAAUGUCCGCCAUCUACCCUCCGCUCCCGGGCGCGCUCUCAUUCAUAGCAGCCUCUUCAUGAAUUACAGCUGAGGGGGGCGGGGGAGGGGGGUACCACACAACACCCCAGCAAACCUCCGGGCCCCCAGGCAUGGCUAGCUCGUGUGCCGUGCAGGUGAAGCUGGAGCUGGGGCACCGCGCCCAGGUGAGGAAAAAACCCACCGUGGAGGGCUUCACCCACGACUGGAUGGUGUUCGUGCGCGGCCCGGAGCACAGUAACAUACAGCACUUUGUGGAGAAAGUCGUCUUCCACUUGCACGAAAGCUUUCCUAGGCCAAAAAGAGUGUGCAAAGAUCCACCUUACAAAGUAGAAGAAUCUGGGUAUGCUGGUUUCAUUUUGCCAAUUGAGGUUUAUUUUAAAAACAAGGAAGAACCUAAGAAAGUCCGCUUUGAUUAUGACUUAUUCCUGCAUCUUGAAGGCCAUCCACCAGUGAAUCACCUCCGCUGUGAAAAGCUAACUUUCAACAACCCCACAGAGGAGUUUAGAAGAAAGUUGCUGAAGGCAGGAGGGGACCCCAACAGGAGCAUCCACACCAGCAGCAGCAGCAGCAGCAGCUGCAGCAGCAGCAGCAGCAGCAGCAGUAGCAGCAGCAGCAGCAGCUGUAGCAGCAGCAGCAGCAGCAGCAGUAGCAGCAGCAGCAGCAGCAGCAGCACCAGUUUUUCAAAGCCUCACAAAUUAAUGAAGGAGCACAAGGAAAAACCUUCUAAAGACUCCAGAGAACAUAAAAGUGCCUUCAAAGAACCUUCCAGGGAUCACAACAAAUCUUCCAAAGAAUCCUCUAAGAAACCCAAAGAAAACAAACCACUGAAAGAAGAAAAAAUCGUUCCUAAGAUGGCCUUCAAGGAACCGAAACCCAUGUCGAAAGAGCCAAAACCGGACAGUAACUUACUCACCAUCACCAGUGGACAGCAAGACAAGAAGGCUCCUAGUAAAAGGCCCCCCAUUUCAGAUUCCGAAGAACUCUCUGCCAAAAAAAGGAAAAAGAGUAGCUCAGAGGCUUUAUUUAAGAGUUUUUCUAGCGCACCACCACUGAUUCUCACGUGUUCUGCCGACAAAAAACAAAUAAAAGAUAAAUCUCAUGUCAAGAUGGGAAAGGUUAAAAUUGAAAGUGAGACCUCCGAGAAGAAGAAAUCAACGUUACCGCCAUUUGACGAUAUCGUGGAUCCCAACGAUUCCGACGUGGAGGAGAACAUGUCCUCCAAAUCUGAUUCUGAACAGCCCAGCCCUGCCAGCUCCAGCUCCAGCUCCAGCUCCAGCUUCACGCCAUCCCAGACCAGGCAACAAGGUCCUUUGAGAUCUAUAAUGAAAGAUCUGCAUUCUGAUGACAAUGAGGAGGAAUCAGAUGAGGCAGAGGAUAAUGACAAUGACUCCGAAAUGGAGAGACCUGUAAAUAGAGGAGGCAGCCGAAGCCGCAGAGUUAGCUUAAGUGACGGCAGCGACAGUGAAAGCAGCUCAGCUUCUUCGCCCCUCCAUCACGAACCCCCGCCACCUUUAUUAAAAACCAACAACAACCAGAUUCUUGAAGUGAAAAGUCCAAUAAAGCAAAGCAAAUCAGAUAAGCAAAUAAAGAAUGGUGAAUGUGACAAGGCCUACCUAGACGAACUGGUCGAGCUUCACAGAAGGUUAAUGACGCUGAGGGAGAGACACAUUCUGCAGCAGAUCGUGAACCUUAUAGAAGAAACUGGACACUUUCAUAUCACAAACACGACAUUUGAUUUUGACCUUUGCUCGUUGGACAAAACCACAGUCCGUAAACUACAGAGUUACCUGGAAACAUCUGGAACUUCCUGAGGAUACAACAACUGGAUGCAUCAAAAACUGUUGUUGGUUUUUUUUUUUUUGGUUGUGAUUUUUUUUUGUUUGUUUAUAUGAAAACACUCAGAAUGAUGCAACCAAAAGGGAAAAAAAUAAAAAUCAAACAACCUUCA